CUUGUGUUUACUUUUUUUAAAAAUUUAAGGUUAUGUUUAUUACAGUUAUUUGUUUAGAUUUUGGUUGGCCCUUUGAGCAUUUUUUAAUUCAUUGAUUAAUUAAUGUGUGUAAACAACAUCUAAAUGUAUUAUUUGUAUUUAGGUUGUCUUCUCAAGAAACUCCCAAUAAAAUGAGUAGUGAAACGGUGGAAAAUACUCGUAUUGAAAAGAUAAUUGCCGAAAUCAACUCGAAAAAUGCUAAAAAAGUAGCCCUGUUUCUAGUUCUGUGCUUUGCCUGUUACCACGCUCUGUUGCAUGUGAAAUAUGGUACAAACUCUUGCCGCUGGUUAUUGUCCGAUGGUAGAUAUAAGGGUGACCAAGAAUGGCAACCGUAUGGCUGCAUGCUUCAUCCUUACACCAAAAUAGACACAAAACUCUGUUUAAGAUACAUAGCUUACUACGGAUCAACUUCACGUUUCACUUUUAUAGGAGACCACAGAAUCCGUCAAUUAUAUUACGGAUUUAUCAAUCACAUAUCCUUAAACGAUCCUGAUGUAAUUAGCGAAAACUUGCACACUAAUUUGUCGUAUUUUGACAGCAAAUUGCACAUAAAAGUUGAUUUUUUGUGGGUUGAUCAUGUCUCAAAAGAAAUGAUUAAUUAUUUCAGAAGUUGGGAAUCAGCCAAAGAUCCGCCUUCUGUUAUUGUAGCAGGUUGCGCCUGGUAUCCAAUAAUAAGUUCAAACAAAUCAAACAUUGAACAAUACAAAACAAAUUUAACCCAUUUGGUUAGUCCGAUUGAUAAAUUGUUUGCUAAAAAGUCUAGGGUUUUGUGGAUGAUACAGCCUCCAGUAAAUGAAGACAAACUUGAAGAUGGAGUGACUAAUUAUUUAUUGGAUUUAUAUAACAAUGCUGCAAUAGAAAUUUUGUCACAUUCUAAGGCUAACUUGUGGUGGAGUAUACGUUUAAUUGGACAAGGCAUGGUAUUGGAAAGCCCUGAUGGAGUCUUUUUAGCUGAAAGGCCUUUGAAGCAUAGUACUCAAAUACUUUUAAAUAUGUACUGUAAUGAUUACAUGAAUUUUGAUGAUGGUACUUGUUGUAGCUCAAUGGAAACUGCAACUACAUUGCAAAUUGUUACUUUUGUGAUUUUAGCUAUUUGUGUUUUAACAGCAAUUUGCCUAAGCAUUUACAGAUUCAUUGUCAAAAUCUUCUGCCGUCCUUUGCACGAAUACCAAAGACUACAAGAAAAUGAAAUUUCCUGGACCUACAACUAUAACAAGUUGUUUAAGACUUUAGCUAAACUUUCAGUUAUAAUGGUGUAUUUUUUUGUAUGCGAUCGUACUAAUUUUUUCAUGAAAGAAAACAAAUAUUAUUCAGAAUUUAGUUUUUGGUUGCCCAUUGGCUAUGUGAUGGUGUUAGGGUUUUUUUUUACUGAAGACAGUAAGUUGACUAAAGUUUUGCACCGAGAUCAAUUGAACGAGUGCAAAGGCUGGAUGCUUUUGGUUAUAUUGGUUUACCAUGUAACUGGUGCCAGUAGGAUUUUGGUUAUAAAUAUGCACGUAAAAGUACUGAUCAGUUCCUAUUUGUUUUUAUUAGGCUAUGAGCAUUUUUUUUAUGUUUGGCACCGUGCUGAUAUAGGCCUGGUAAGUUUCUUAAGGAACUUAUUCAAAUUAAACUUCAUUACAGUAACAUUAUGCUUAUGUAUGAAUAGGCCUUAUCAGUUUUACUAUUUUAGUCCUCUAUUAUCGUUUUGGUACAUAACUUUUUAUUUUUUCAUGGCAUUUCCUCCUCACAUUACAGCCCAAAACACUGACAACAAUAUGAUGCAAUUUUUCUAUUUACUAAUCAAAUUUAUUGUACUUUUUACUAUUGUCACCAUUUUGUUUAUGUCUGAAGUGUUUUUCGAAAAAAUCUUUGUCACCAGGCCUUGGAAGGCUUUAUUUGUGACUACAGAUGAUGAUAUUCACGAGUGGUGGUUCAGAUGGAAAUUGGACCGCUACUCAAUGAUUUACGGUAUGUGUUUUUCUUUGUUGUUGGUUGCAGGGCAAAAAUAUAAUAUUUUUGACGAUAAUAAUCAUUACAAUUUGUUUUCAAAGAGGGUGGCUUUGACUGGUACUUUAGCAGCUCUUAUUGGUAUUGGUACUUAUAUUUCAUUGAGCUUUUUGUGUAGGAUUGAACUAGAAUGCAGCGAAAUUCACUCUUAUAUAGUUUUUAUACCUAUUGUUAGUUAUUUAUUUUUGAGGAACGUUUCUGGCAUGUUGCGUACUCGGUUUUCUACGUUUUUCGCCUGGUUUGGCGAGUUCCACUUGGAACUGUUUCUGAGUCAGUACCAUAUUUGGUUGGCGGCUGAUACUCAUGGAGUUUUGGUACUUAUACCAGGAUUUCCCGUGCUCAAUUUGAUCGUGACGACUUUUAUAUUUGUUUGCGCCUCGCACGAGAUCCAUCAAAUCACGGAAUAUCUGAUUCCGUACGCAAUUCCCAACGAUUGGAAGCACGUUUUGAGGAAUUUUAUUUUGUUUUUGGCUCUAAUGGUGCCUAUUGGUGUCAACGAUGGGAUGUUUUAGGAUUUUUAUGGUAAAAUGUUUCUAGAUUUGAAUGAAAGUUUUUGUUUAAAGUGGUAAAAUAAUUAUUUUUAAACUCGAGUCAAAUAUUAUCACGUUGAUUAAUGAUGAUUAUUGAUCUUAUAGUCAAAUGGCAUAAUGUAGAAAAAUUUGUAACCACAACGUUUUAGCAGUGGUUCGGGUUUUUUAUUUAAAAUCUUAUAGAUACAUAAGAAUUUAUUUCUAUUGUGUGUGUUUGUAUAAUGAAAAUGCUGUGAUAUUAUGUAAAAUUAAUAAUAAAUGAGAUUUUCAAUCGAAUUAGAUUUAAAUAAUAAACACAUUUUACAGCUUCUUGAUUUUUGGAGAUUUCCUCACAACUAGAUCAACUUUAAAAAAAUAUAUGGAUACAUUGUAGCCAAACGCGCCCAAGUACUCUAUUUAAUAAGUUAGAUGGUAAAUGGCAAGCGGUAUAUUGAUGGUGUUUAUUUCCUUGAGCGGCUACCUAUAAAAUUGUGGAGGGGGUCUAUUCGCAAAAGAGAGAAACAAACUAUUGUGGUUUACUAAAUUAUAUUCUACUAUACUUGAAACCACAAAGUUUUUAUAGGUUAAUCACUCAAGUUUUC